GUGAAAUUGUCAUUGUAUUGGAGUAGUGAAGCGGUGAUAUUUAUUGAGGCGAAGAUCACAAAAGAAAUUUGCAUGAUUUUGUACGAAACCGUUCCGUUUUCUUCCGUGUAUGCGAUAUAAUCAAUGGCGAAUGUUUUCGUUGACGUUCAGUAGCAGGGGAGCAGUCUCUAAUGACCAGUGUUUCAUUCUAGGUUUGCUGAAUGCUGCAAAUAAACAAUGGGUUGUAUCCACAGCAGUGACAGUAGCCCCAGUACCAAGUACACCCCCAACUAAUGAUCAGAAGCUAUACAUUGCUCUGUAUAAUUAUGAAGCAAGAACAGACGGGGAUCUAACUUUUCAGAAGGGGGACACCCUUCAUGUGUUGGAUGACAGCAAAGGGGAUUGGUGGUUGGCAAGGUCUAUUAAAACGCAACAGGAAGGCUUUGUUCCAAACAACUAUAUUGCAGCACUAAAAAGUUUAGAGUCAGAAGAAUGGUUCUUUGGCCGGAUCAGUCGUGGAGACGCUACCAACAGGUUGAUGCAAGCAAGACUUCCUAAAGGAUCUUUCCUGGUCAGAGAGAGUGAAACAAGUUUAGGAAAUCAUGCUCUGUCUAUACGAGACAUCGAUGAAAAUGGGCCCAACAUCAGGCAUUACAAAAUAAGACGGCAGAAGCAGACAGCUUACUAUUACAUCGCAAGAACUAAAGAGUUCCGUACGAUUCAGGAGCUAAUCCUUCACUACCGAGGCCAAGCAGAGGGCCUUUGUUGUAAGUUGACAUCACCGUGCACACGUGAGACAUCAAUUAUCCCAUCGUUCAGGGAUGCAUGGGAAAUUUCGCGGCACGAGCUGUCCUUCGAACAGAAGCUCGGUGCUGGGCAAUUUGGUGAAGUAUGGAAAGGAUUUUGGAAGGGGACUACCCCCUGUGCCAUCAAGACACUGAGGGCGGGGACCAUGUCCCCGGAGGCAUUCCUUGCUGAGGCCAACAUCAUGAAGGAGAUGAGACAUGAGAAGUUAGUGCGGUUAUAUGCUGUAUGCUCAGAUACUGAACCUAUAUACAUUGUAACCGAGUUGAUGAGCCAUGGUAGUUUACUAGAUUACUUGCGAGGAGAUUUAUCGUUGCACCUUAAACUCCGACAUCUGGUAGACAUGGGGGCUCAGAUUGCGUCUGGAAUGUACUUCUUGGAACAGAAGAAUUUUAUCCACCGAGAUUUGGCAGCGAGGAAUGUGCUAGUGGCUGAUAACAACUUGGUGAAAAUUGCAGACUUUGGUCUUGCUAAGAUCAUUAAAGAGGAUGAAUAUGUUGCUAGGAAGGGUUCAAAGUUUCCUGUCAAGUGGACAGCAAUGGAGGCUGCCCUCUAUGGGACAUUCUCAGUGAAAUCUGAUAUUUGGUCAUUUGGAAUACUCCUAGUAGAACUUGUCACUAAAGGUCAAAUGCCAUAUCCAGGUCUCUCAAAUUCAGAAGUACUGGACCAAUUGCAGCGAGGUUAUCGGAUGCCGAAACCAGUGCACUGCCCUGACUCCCUCUACAGAAUCAUGAUGCAGUGUUGGCUCGAAGAUCCCCGUGAACGACCAACCUUUGAAUUCCUCUACCACUUUCUGGAUGACUACUUUGUGUCGACCGAGCCCGAAUACCGAGAAGCGGAUGAAUGUUGACUUGUCAAAUUGAGAAGGACAAUAAAACGGGAAAUGUGGAAUAGAAAGCAUCAUGUGUUUCAACGGUUGACUAAAUAUUGCUCCAUAACUUCACUAGUAAUAAUGGUUUAACCUUGUGGCAUUUAGAACUUCGAAGAACUUUUUAAGAUAUAGCCUACUAAGGAAUUGGAUGUAUUCUGAAUAGUUCAUAAUGAACCAAUCGCGAUGAUUAGUGUUAUCUGGGUCUUUUCAAGGGUCUGGUUUUGGGUCUAGUCAUGGAUCUGAAACUAGGACAAAGAAAGGAACAUAUUUGGAUUGUAGCAAAAAACAAUUCUAUAUAAACAUCCUGUAGAAUGGAUGAACAAUGAUAGUGGACAAUGAAUAAUUUUGUAACAUGUUUAUUCUGCAAUGUGUCUAUCAGUUAUUGCCGAAAUGGACAUUUUACACAGGAUUGUACAAGGACAACAGAAGGAUCUUACCUUUUGAAAUUUCAGCACUCUUUCCGCAUGGACAUGAGAUGAGAUGCAUUAAAGCUUGAAUCUGAUUGGGCGACAGUUACUGGACACUUAACGACGACUUGAUAUGGACAAAGGAACAGUGAAAGAAUGCACAUUUCAGUUAUCUGAUUAAUUGUAUAUAUUUGCUUAUGUAUUAUGUAAAAAAAAAAAAAUCAUCAUCUGUGUGCAAAACGUCAACUCAUUGGCAUACACAAAUACAUUGUCAUUUGUUUAUAAUUUAAAAAAAUGCUAAUUGAUUAAGAUUAAUUGAAAGCUUAAGCUUUAGUAUAAGUUUGAACCUAAUAUGUAUGACUAUUCUUCAACAUAUCCAAUUCAUGUAUCUGUUAAAUGAAUAUGUUUUGUGUCGGUAGGACCAAACUUCAUAAGAGUACUUAAUAUAUUUAUGGGUGGUUUUCUUUCUCAUGUACAGUUCUUUCUGUUUAUUUGUUUUUUCAUGGCUUUCUGCUGUUAUUUUGCUAAGACACACAUUUACUAGUUGUUUUUGUAAUUUGAUUAUCUAACAACUUUGGUUUUUUUUUAUUGUAAUGCUUGUCUGUCUUUCAAAGAUAUCAAUCUACUCUUCAUGUUUCCCCAGUAUACACAUCAGCAGUUAUGUAGCUAAUGAAUAAUAUAUACUGGUAUUACUGAGAUAAAAUAUUGACCCCUGUAAAACAGGGACCCAUGGUACACAUUAAGAGUAAGAUAUUAACCAGGACAGGAAUCCGUAUUUUACUGUAGAUAUUGAACCCAGUAUAGAAUAUUGACCCUUCCCUAUUACCUGAUUUCCUAUUAAGUAAUGUUAAGAGUUUUAAAAAUUCUAAGGGUUAGGGGUCAAUGUUUUACUGAUGAGAUCAUUAUUGGUCUGGGUCAAUCUUGUACUCUUUACUGACUGUGUGCACCUAUGUAUGUUUAUGUUGUUUUUCUUCUCAUUCACUUAUAGGUCUUUAGUGAAUGUUUUUGGCUUUGUUUAUGUUAAGGUAAAUCUUUAUUUCUGUUUAAUACUUUCUUUUUCCAUUUUGGUUCCCUUGCAAAUUCUAUAUCGAUUCAUUUUUCAUUGCCUUGCUGAAUAAAUUAUUAAAUUAACCUUGUUAUAAUUGUACAUAAUAUAUUCAACCAUAAAGCAGUGUAUUUAAAUAAUGAUGAAUAUGUAAAUGAGAUCAUUUAUAAUUAGAGCUUUUUCUAUCCAACAAAAUCAACGAUACUUAAUUCAAAUAAAUUAUAAUGACCGUAAAAUUUAUAAAUACAGUAGGCCUUUAUUACUGAAAGAGUAGAUAAUUUGAAUUGAACUCAGAUUGGGUGUUAUAGAAUUUACUAUAUAAGUGAUGUAAAUGCAAAUUAUACACUUUUUGUAUGGAAUAGAGAAAUCUAUGUUAGUAAGUAUUUAUGGAAUAUACUUUGUUGAAUCACUGUAAAAUAUCCUACUUGGAUGGAUGCUUAAUAACUAUGAAUAUGUUGAUUAUUUUCGAAGAUUUAUUAGUUGCUAGCUAGCAUGUAAAAAAAUCAUUGCUGAAGAGAAUUAAUGGGGAUACUGCUAAGAGAUAAAGAAUGAUGGGGUGGGCCAGUACCUAGUCAAAAAAAAAUGGCACCGUCUUGAAAGGUGAGAAAUGGACCAAUAUUGGAAGGGGUUGCAUUGUACAGAGACAAAGGAGGGAUGGAAAUUAGCUCUACUAAAGAUGGCAUAUACCUUAGGAGAAAAUCUGAAAAUUUUAAUACUUCAAUAAUAUAUUCUAUGUUUUUACAAAUAUAUAUGAUAUUUUCAAUAUUUAACCUGUAGGAAUCUAAUUUAACCAAACAUGAUAAGGAAACAAGGCCCUCCCAAUCAGAAAGUCAUAGUUAUGAAUCAUAUAUUUGUGAGUUGUACAAGAUAUCAUCACUGUUGUGGUUAUAUUCCUAUGUCCAAGCUGUGUUUACCUUUUUAUUUACAAAUGAGAUUUGCUAUCAAAUGAGUUUGUAAAUAAGAUAUAUUUUAGUUGGUACAAAAGACAUUGAUUAGGCCUACUGAUAAUUUGGAAAAGAAAAUUGCUAUAUAAUCAUGAUUAAAUAAGAGAAAACGAAAUACAAGGACUGUCAAAUUUUCAAACGUGUUUAUACUGUAGUGAUAGUCACUCUUUAUUGUUUUGGGAAAAAAAAUGUCAUCACCUGAAAGGUCUGCUUUUGUGAACCAAACAGCGCCCUCUACAGUUGACUGUUUUUCUUACGCAUUGUAAGUUCAUUUUUGUACUUGGAAAUUAAUUCUAUAAAAGUAUAUUUAAUCAAUGCAGAAAUAUUGAAGGGUUGAAAGACGAAAUGGUGAAUGUUUCAUUAUAAGCCGAUCUCCUAAAUCAAUAACAAGUAAAGAUGAUGGAAUUUAGUAUGAAAA